AUGAAGCAAUCUGUCACACUCGAUAUCGGUACUCAUGAUGGGUAUAAGAGAUUCAAGAGUUACUCAAUCGAAUUUGAAGUAGAACCAGAGAGAAACAACAACAAUGGUCAGAGAGACGGUAGACAUGAGCUUAUCUACGGAGGUAAUUCACAGUCGCAUCGACUCGGCAAAACAACCCCAGGGAAAAUGAGAACUUUCUUGGAAACAGUUGAGACAUCUUAUGAACGGACGAAGGAAAUGAUAAGAACCAAGGGGCAACGCUUCAAGAAGCUUGACUAUAUAAGUGCCGUCCUCGAAGCGGCAUUAAGGAACGGAAGCCUGUUAGUUCAUCAACACAAACUAGAAAUCCUCGAACAUAAACGUGAUUCUCACCAGGCUCCAUUCAUAAAGUCUGGAGUCAGAAAGACCGAACGGGUGAGAACGAAUAGGGAAGUCAGACAUGAGAGACGGGAGGUCAAACGAGAUGAAACUUUCGGUCGAAUCAAUGAUUCCAAAAUUGCGAGAGGUUUCGGAAUACAGCUAAGCAACAACGAGAACAGAAGUCACAAAAGGCAUGAGCGAAUGAGACGAUCCUCACAUAGCGAUGCUGGAUCUACGGGCUCAUGGGAAACUGCUUCAAACGCUGAUUUUUCUCCUGGCUCCAGUCGUGGAAGACGACACGGUAGCUCAUCUCAUUCUUACGAUAGAAAAUCCAGUAGAUACGACGACGAAGACGACUCUGGUGAUGAUGAUGACACUAGGUCUCGUGGAUCUACGAUAUUCUCGAGGCCCAGUCGUUUCUCAAGCUCCGGCUCUUCUAGAAGCUCCGGCUCGUCUAGAAGUUCCGUCUCUUCCAAACCUUCUACCAGAUCUAGUCGGUCAGGCUCAAGCUCAGGCUCAGAUUACGGAUCGAGACAUAGGAAUGGUCAUGAUAUUCACCAGAGCAUGGAGCAGCUUCGAGAAACACCAAGGUAUCCACCUGAUCCUAACAACGGCUAUGGUAGUAUACCACCACAGGAUUUACCUUUCCCAGACGCACCAUAUCCAGGACAAAAUCAGGCUUAUCAACCUUAUGACCAUACAGCAGGCUAUGCAUCUUCGAGAUCGUGA